AUGAGUUGUUCGCUGUGUUAUUGUGAGGAGCCAAGUUCCUUAAGCAUCUCCUGGUGGAUAUUAAGAGGGAGCUGUGGAGGCUGGAGCGUUCCCCUGGACACUCGCACGCUGUAGCUUUAAGACUGUUUUACAGAGGACUCGGGAUUUCCAGUUUUCCUGCGCCUGGUGGAGUAUUUCAGGGAGUUACAGGAUUUUUCGGGUCAUGUACCCCCUUUUCCUUUCUUCUUCCUCCUUUCUCUCUCUCUCUUACUCUUCUUUUUCAUUUCAAAGAGACAAAGCUACUUCAGUUUGGAGCACAAACAUAUGAUCAGCACAUGGAAAUGUGGUAAUUUGGAUGCAUUCAUGAUUGCAACAGAUUGAAGAAAUUAGACCAGACAAAGAGCUUUUUUUGGAAGAGGAGGAGGAGGAGGCAAGGCAAGGAGGGAGGGAGAGUGGGGGAAAGAAGGGGACGCCACCGAAAAAAGGGACGGCCGUGACACGCGGAUGCUAAAUAUAUCCCGUAGUAAUGGAGAGGGACCGGAUUUCAGCUCUGAAAAGAUCCUUUGAGGUCGAGGAGGUAGAUCAGUCUUCAAAUUCCUCCACCCCACAACGACGGGCCCCGAACACCCUCCUCAGGUCCACCGUGUCCAGCUCCACACAGAAGUUUCAGGAACUCGGCGCCAGGAAUUCGGAGCCAUCCACCCGCCAUGCGGAACCCACAGUCCAAAGAUCCCCCAAGCCCCCUCUGAGGAGAGUGGAGCUCUCUGGACCCAAACUGCCCGAGCCGGUGUCCAGAAGAACAGAAAUCUCCAUUGACAUCUCAUCCAAGCAGGUGGAGAACUCCACCUCGGGCUUGUCGCGGUUCGGCCUCAAACGAGCCGAUGCUGGCCACAAACCCCCCGAGGCCACGGCCAGGAGGACUGAGAUCACCCUGGGCAAGCCCCAGGAGCCCCAGGGGCUGCGCAGGGCGGAGGUGCCAGCCUCCAAAAUCCCCGAGCUGCCGCAGCGCCGCGCCGAGCCCGCCGCGCCCGACGCCGCGCCGCGCCGCCUGGACAUCCAGGGGGCCAGAGCUGCUGAGAGCCCGGCCACGCGGCCGGCUGAGGGCUCAGAGCCUGCCCUGCCCGCCCAGACACACCUGGCAGAGCCCAAGCUGCAGGCAGUGCCCGUGGAGAGCCCGCCCAAGAGGGAGGAAGGUGCAGAGGCCGUUCCCAGCCACGCUCCCGCCAUGACGGACGCUCCGCGGGAUGCCGGCCCCAAGCAGGCGGCGCCGGCGCGGCCGGACAAGCCGGCUGCGGACUUCGGCUACGUGGGCAUCGACGCCAUCCUGGAGCAGCUGAGGAGGAAAGCCAUGAAACAGGGCUUCGAGUUCAACAUCAUGGUUGUGGGUCAGAGUGGCUUGGGGAAAUCCACGUUAAUCAACACUCUCUUCAAAUCCAAGAUCAGCCGGAAAUCUGUACAGCCAACUGCUGAGGAGAGGAUCCCCAAGACCAUUGAAAUCAAAUCCAUCACUCACGAGAUUGAGGAGAAGGGGGUGCGCAUGAAGCUGACAGUCAUCGACACGCCGGGCUUUGGGGACCACAUCAACAACGAGAACUGCUGGCAGCCCAUCAUGAAGUUCAUCAACGACCAGUAUGAGAAGUACCUGCAGGAGGAGAUCAACAUCAACAGGAAGAAGCAGAUCCCUGACACACGGGUGCACUGCUGUAUUUAUUUCAUCCCAGCCACGGGCCACUCGCUCCGGCCGUUGGACAUCGAGUUCAUGAAGCGCCUGAGCAAAGUGGUCAACAUCGUUCCGGUGAUCGCCAAGGCCGACACGCUAACGCUGGAGGAGAGGGACUACUUCAAACAACGGAUAAUGGCUGAUCUGCUGGCCAACGGGAUCGACGUGUACCCCCAGAAGGAGUUUGAUGAGGACUCUGAAGAUCGCCUGGUGAACGAGAAAUUCCGGGAAAUGAUCCCAUUUGCAGUGGUGGGCAGUGACCAGGAGUACCAGGUGAAUGGAAGAAGAAUCCUUGGGAGGAAGACCAAGUGGGGCACCAUUGAAGUGGAGAACACAACACACUGUGAGUUCGCCUACCUGCGGGACCUCCUCAUCAGGACACACAUGCAGAACAUCAAGGAUAUUACCAGCAACAUCCACUUUGAAGCCUACAGGGUGAAGAGGCUGAACGAGGGCCAGAGCUCUCUGUCCAACGGCGUGGCUGACAAAGAGCUGGUGGCCAACGAAAUGUAACCGUCCCUCGCCGCAGCCAGGACCUCGCUCGCUCACGCUCGCUAUUUCUCCCCUCUUCCCCCUUUAUUUUUAUAUAAAUCCUCUGCCACUGUCCCUCUUGCCCUGCUCCCUGACCCCCUGCCAUGUUAACUGACCAAAUAACCAGACGUGGGGCGGGGUGGCCGCUCUCCCCCUGCUUUGUGCCAUGAGUUUUGUGCUCAGCCCCCAGAGCGGCGUCCCUGGCCCGGGAUUGUCCCUCUGUGGAGGCUGGGCUCUCGCUUGCCCCACAGCCAAACCCAGGGGAGCAGAUCUGUGGGGCCAGCAGGGUUGGGGUGCCCUGGGAGCCCCUGCAGCCCCUCCAUGCAGGGGCUCCUCUCCGUCCAUUGAAGGCGAGGGCUCCUCCAGGUGGUUGUAGCCUUCGGAAGCAAGGUACGGUGGGAUGAGGAGAGCAAGCCAGUGCCAUCCUUGUCUCCUGCAGCCCUCUGGGACCUGCCAGCCCCCAAACCAGCCCCUGUACCCUGUUUUCAUGCAAUAAACUGGGAGUGUUUAGGUGUCACCUCGCCUGUCACCGACCCCCGGCCAGGCAGAGCGACCUGCUUUGGGAGAAGUGCCUUUUCAGACUGUGACCUUGCAAUAGUGUGGGAGAGGGGAGGGAGCUCUGCCUUGUCUGUCUGCAGCCUGCAGAAGGCUGUGAACCUCUACAGAGACUCUCCUUCCCUCUCCCUUGGGCCAGAGCUGUGGCUGAUGUCCUGGGAACACUUGUGUAUUUAUUUGUCACUCAGCUGGGUGGGUCUUUGUCCUCUGAAGGCUCUGAGUGUGUUUGUCCUGAGGGGGCUGAGCGUGGAACUUCGUCUCUGCAAAGCAGUGGUGGGAGGCAGAGGGUUGUCCUGUCUGACCCUUGUGAUUCUUGGCCUUUUCCCUACAUCAGAGGAGGCUCUUGGGUGUCUGUAAAUUCCUUUUCAUUUCCUGGGUCCCCUGUGUGUCCAGGGAAGAUGCUCCUGUUUUGCUGGUCCUUGUGCAGGGUGUCUGUGCAUGUGCUGACCAAGCCCUGCAGCUGUGGGGGGGGCUGAGGGGUGUUUGUGGGUGCUGCUCCCCCUGCUCUGCCCCCAGACCCUUCUCUUUCUGUGUGUCUCCAAUAAAUCAGACCCUGCAAGCAUUAGGUAGCACUGUGACACAGGAGCAGGGGUUCCUGGAGCAAAGCCCUGCAGUCCUGCCCUUCUCCCCAGCUCCCUUUGCCUUUCUGCUGUCCACCAGUCUCCCAAUCCUCUCUAAGGGAACAAAACUUCCUGCAAAUCACCCAAUUUUGGGGGCACACACUGAAGUGGCAGCGUGUCCCAUCCUCUAGCACUGGAAGGCACCUGCAGAGCCCACGGGGGCAGAGCCUGGCUCAGCACAGGAGGAGGGAGGAGGUUGCUCUCCCCUUGCUGGGGAUGCCCAGGUUUUCAGGGGCUCCCCACACGUCCCCCCAGCAGCCAAAGGGGUGUGGGCAGGGGGGUGCAUUGUGAGAAUCCCUUCUGCCCUUCACCCACAUCCCCCCUCCACAACAGCCCCACGGAGCUGUUGGGAACAGCAGCUCUCUACUUGCUGACUUGCUA